GCAGUGGGAAAAGGACGUAAUAGAGGAGGCCUUUACAUCUCUAGGAACAGUUUGGUACCCCUAUUCCAGAGCAAUAGGCAAUGAGCAUUCAGAAGAUGGAUGGUAGACAACCUCAAAUUAUUCUAUUUUAUGGCAUUAUCAUAUGGAAGUUUCUCUUGAGCUUGAGACCUAUACACCCCACUGUCUUUGGGAAUCUCAUCUUGAAUUUCCAAAGGCUUGUAUGGGCCAAAUCAGACAUUGUCUCUCUUCUGUUAAUUCCUAUCCAUGGAUUCCCAUUGCCGAGGAAAGAAAACUAGCGCUCCUACACUUUGUGCAUCAUGCCCCCUACAAUCUGAGCUAAUAUUCAAUAACUAAUAAUUCUCUCACAUUACAUUUGCAUCUCUGUGCUGUAGUUCUUAACCUGAAACUCCACCUUUGUUGCCUGGCAAAUCUUAUUUAAAAUUCUGCUUGGGCUCCCCCUGCAGGAAGAAAGCUUCACUGCACCCCACCCUGAAUGGGUAGUCCUAGCACCUUGAGUUUCUCAACUUUUUAUCACCUUCCAUUUUAUACUUAAAACGUCUGUUUAUCUGUCCAUCUCUCCCAUUACAAUUAAGCGAGGAUUGGUUGGAGCAGAUGUUAGGUUUCUUGGUAUCCUUAGUGCUUAGGUCAAUGCCUGCAGAGAAUCUUUCUUUUUUUUUACAUUUAAAUGAACCACUUGGCUUUCUUCUGGUUGGCUUUGUUCUGAGGCCCCCGUCACUGAACCUGGUCUUUUAUCUCAGAGGUUGAAGGUUCCCCUGGAGCCAGCUGCAAAGUUCCCAGAGCACCAGCACUACCACAGCCAACGCACUGCAGAGCGGGCUGCCCUGAACCAGCACCCCAAAAGCACGGGGCCCAGGGCUUGGAGGGGCAGCACAACGAUGGGAGCGGACUGGUCCGGAUGCCUGCUGUUAUUAUUACUCCUCAUGAGCGGCCUGUCCCCAGAAGUUGCUGCUGAGGCUCAGGAACCCUCAGAUGGUCCCGGUGCUUCCCAGGAAGUUGUGUGGCUCACGGAUGUCCCAGCUGCCAUGGAAUUCAUCGCCGCUACUGAGGUGGCUGUCAUAGGCUUCUUCCAGGAUUUAGAAAUACCAGUAGUGUCCAUAUUCCACAGUAUGGUGCAAAAAUUCCAAGAUGUGUCAUUUGGAAUCAGCACGGAUGCCGAGGUCCUGGCCCACUACAACAUCACUGGAAACGCCAUUUCCCUCUUUCGUCUGGUGGAUAACGAACGACUGGAUUUAGAGAGCGAAUACAUUGAAAGCAUUGAUGCCACCAAAUUAAGCCGUUUCAUUGAGAUCAACAGCCUCCACUUGGUGACAGAGUACAACCCUGUGACAGUGAUUGGCCUAUUUAAUAGCCUGAUUCAGAUUCAUCUUCUACUAAUGAUGAACAAGGCCUCUCCAGAGUAUGAAGAAAGCAUAAACAGAUACCAGAAAGCAGCUAAGCUCUUCCAGGGGAAGAUUCUUUUUAUCCUGGUGAACAGUGGUGUGAAGGCAAAUGGAAAGGUGAUAUCAUUUUUCAAACUAAAGGAGUCUCAACUGCCUGCUUUGGCUAUUUACCAGACUGUGGAUGAGGAGUGGGAUGCUCUGCCCAUAGCAGAAGUUUCAGUGGAGCAUGUGCAAAACUUCUGUGAUGGAUUCCUGAAAGGGGAACGGCUGAGAGAAAAUCAUGAACCAGAAGAGAAGACUCUAAAGGCAGAACUCUGAUUCUGAUACUUCUGCGUACUACCAAGUACCAACAGUGUGAUCGAUUAAAAAGAGCAACUCAAACCACAGAGACACUGAACAUCAGGAUCGCCAGGCCGUGGGGCAGGCAUGUGUACACACACACACACACACACACACACACACACACACACACACAGCUCCAGCCUGUUCCUUAAAAUCUCAUUUAAGCUUCUGUCCUUUUUUUUGAAUUUUGUACACUCUCUCACUUGCCCAUCCCAUCUUCUUCUCUGCGUAGGCCCAUGCACUGUCAUACACACUAUGGAAUAGAGCCUUUGAGAGAUACUGUGAUGCCCUAAGAAGGAGGGAG